UUUAAGUACCACUUUAAAAACAAUGACAGUUAUGAGUUUUUGUUUCUGGAAAACGUUUUUUACUUCGGCUGAUGUUUCAUUAAGACUGUUUCAACGAUACAGUUCUACUUGUAAGAAGAAAACAACAGCAGGAGUCAUAGUAAUCGGAAAUGAAAUACUUAAGGCACAAGUGAAGGAAACAAAUUCACACUUUAUUUGCAAACGCCUCUAUCGCUGUGGAGUUAAAGUUGAAAAAAUUUCAGUUGUACCUGACAAUGUUGAUGUUAUUGCACAAGAGAUCAAGGAGUUCUCUGAAAAAUACACCCAUGUCAUCACAUCAGGUGGCAUUGGACCGACUCAUGAUGAUGUCACUUAUGAAGGUUUAGCUAAAGCUUUUGGAGACACUUUGCAUUGUCAUCCCACAUUGGCAGAAAUUAUUAGGUCAUAUUUUGGAGCUAAAGAUCUCUCAUCCCCUACAUACAAAUUAGCACAUAUACCUAAAAGAGCAGUUUUGAAAUUUGGUGUCCACAAAGAUACCUGCCUACCACUAAAUUUUCCGUGCGUAAUAUUAAAAAACGUCUACGUUUUUCCUGGAUCACCUGUUUACCUUCAAAUAGGAUUUGAAAGUUUAUAUAGGAUCUUGUUCGAUUCAAACAAUCGCUUUGUACACUUGGAAUUAUACCUCAAUGCUUAUGAAGAAACCUUUGCAAAUGCUUUGACCAAAGUUGCUGAAGAAUUUCCAAAUGUGAUAUUUGGUUCUUACCCUGAAAACGCCAGUGAUUACAAAGCCCGAGUAACUAUCGAAAGUGACAGUGAGUCCGAGACAAGAAGAGCCAAAGAAAAAUUCUGCAGUUUAAUACCUCCGGAUAUUAUAAUAAACCAAAAAAAAUGAUAGUACUUUGUAUCAUGUUCACUGUAAUUUAUGUGUAAUGCUCUCGUGAGCAAUUUGUAAAAAUGUAAAGA